UGGAUGGCGGUCCAGAGUUAAUCCCACUUCCAAGCCGGAUUUCUAAAAAGGGGGCUGACUGGCAAAAAGGACGACAACACCGGAAUGAGGAAAUUGACGAGGGCAAAGCCAUGUACAAAACAAAGUUGUUCAUCGCUGAUAACCAUCCAACCUGAUGAGCCAGAGGUCACUCGGCACAAGUCUCCCAGAGGCGCUCCGCUUCUCCGUCUCUUCUUCCCGAGGAAAACACAGCAGCCCUGCCAGGAGCUCUCCUACCCGCACCCAGUCAUGUCUUUUCUCCUCAUCACAGUGUUGUCCUCACUCAUAGUGCGGGAUGCUGAGGCGUGGGGCGCCAAUGUCAAGUACGCGGUGAACUGCCCGGACAGAUGCAGCGCGGAGCGGUGCGGCGGGACGCAGCGCUGCACACGGACCGUCCUGGAUGACUGCGGCUGUUGUCAGGUCUGUGCAGCCGGCAGAGGGGAGCACUGUUACCGCACCGUGUCGGGGAUGCACGGGGUGAAGUGCGGACCGGGAUUAUACUGCGAGUUCUACAAAGACGAGGACGAUUAUGGGGACGAAUAUGGGAUCUGCAAAGACUGCCUGUAUGGGACCUAUGGGGUUGAGUGCCGCAAGACAUGCAACUGCAAAGGCGGCAUUUGUGACAGGGAGACAGGAGCUUGUCUCACCCUCAAAUUCUUUGCCAAAAUUGCCAGCAAGCUCAAGACUGACCCUCAAGAAGGAGGAGAGGCUGGCUCCGGAGAGGUCAGCACUGCCCAGAACACAGUUCAACACACGGACAGAUCCACCGCUCCGAAGCGGCUCAACCCUCGCUGACAAGUGCUGACAAGUGCUGACAAGACUGAAUAUUUUCAGUGUAAAUGUAGCAUUAACUUAUAAAUGAACUGAAAAAUAUAUUUUAUUAUGUUCAACAAUGAAAAACUUUUUUACAGCAUUUGGAAGUUUUACUUGGUUUACAAGCAUCUUUUCUAAUGAAAAAUGUAGAUCAUGUUAUUUUCUUCAGAGUCUGCAUUUCUUCUGUUAUUGCUCUUCACUUGUUUCUACAGAUUAUCCUGUUAGCCUGUACCCAUGAGCUUCAGAGUAGACCUGAUGGUCUCAUUUAGUGUGCCUUCAUACAUUACUGCUGACAAAAUGAGAGUCACAAGAAAAGGAUCUCGUAUUUAUUUUCAAACUGGAUGCCGCAAUAUUUUUCAUCCAUUCAUCCACUGACUAUUUUGAAGUUUUCCAUCAUGAUAUUUUAUUUGUAUUGUACAUAUGAAAAGCGGACACAGAAACUAUCAUGUAUAUGACACCAGCCGAUGUAAAGAAUGCUCUUACAAUUAAACCAAAGUUAUCACUGA